AAGAAGGACAGAUAGAAAGAGAGAAGUCGUGGAAGAGAGAGAGAGUGACCGAGCGAGUGAGUGUGUGAGUGUGUGAGUGAGUGAGAGGAUAAGUGCAGGAAUGGGCUGGACUGGAGCUUGGGGGCAGCUGCUCAGCUGCUCUCGCCCGACAACGCUGCCAUGCCUGCUGGGUCCUCUCCUCCUCCCCUUGCUGCUGCUGAUAUCUCCGCUGCUGUCGGGCUCCGCACGGGCGCAGGACCUUAAGGAAGGCGACGCGGUGUGCACGGAGAACCACGGCUGCUUCGUCCUCUACUUCCAGCGCAAGACCUUCCUCUACGCGUGGCGCAGCUGCAAGGAGCAAGGCGGCGACCUGGCCACGCUCAAAGACCCCGAGGACGCGGCGGCGGUGGAGCGCCUGUUCGCCGAGGUCAACCUGCGCGGCAAGCACGGCAAGAUCCGCACCUGGAUCGGGCUGCAGAGGCAGCCGCGGCAGUGCUCGGCGUCGCGGCCCCUCCGCGGCUUCAGCUGGGUGACGGGCGACCAGGAGACGCGCUUCGUCAACUGGCUCGGGGAGGACACGCCCGCCGCCUGCACCAUGCCCCGCUGCGUGGUCACGGAGUACUCCCACGCGCCCGCCGGGGGCGACAACGCCGCCGCCGACAACCUGAAGUGGGUGGACGGGCCCUGCUCCAUCCCCGUCGACGCCUACCUGUGCAAGUACACCUACAAGGGGAUGUGUCCCAGCAUCCCGCGCGAGGGCACCGACAACACGCUCUACACCACGCCGUUCGACAUGGUCACCACCAAACUCACCCACCUGCCGUACGGCUCCAUGGCCACGGUGCCGUGCCCGGCCGAGACGGUCGGCGACCAGACGGUGCUGUGCACGGACGACGGCAGCGGGGCGGUGAGCUGGUCGCGCGGCGCCCCUUACUGCUCGGCCAAGACCAGCUACUGCGCACAGGACAACGGCGGCUGUCACCAGCUGUGCAUCGACAAGGACGACAUGCCCAUGUGCAUGUGCAUCGAGGGCUACGUGCUGGCCGACGAUGGCCUGAGCUGCCUGCCCGACGACCCGUGCCUGAGCUCGCCGUGCGAGUUCGAGUGCGUGGCCGUGGCGGCGAGCGAGGAGGGCUACCGCUGCGACUGCCCCGAGGGCUACGUGCUGGAGCCGGACGAGCAAAGCUGCCGCGACCUGGACGAGUGCCUGGGCAUGCCGUGCGAGCAGCGCUGCGUCAACACGGCGGGCUCGUACGAGUGCCGCUGCGACGACGGCUACCAGCUGGACGCCGCCACGGGCGACUGCGAGGACGUGGACGAGUGCGCCGUCGCUGACGGCGCCGACGGCGUCAACGCGCAGCCCUGUGAGAACGCCUGCGAGAACACGCCGGGCUCCUACGUCUGCCACUGCCACCUGGGCUUCAUGCCCAUGGCCGAGGACCCCACGCGCUGCCAGGACAUCGACGAGUGCCAGAUCGAGGACACCUGCGAGCAGAUGUGCAUCAACUACGUGGGCGGGUUCGAGUGCUACUGCCAGGAGGGCUACGAGCUGCAAGGGGACCAGUACAGCUGCAGUCUGAUCGUCGAGGGGCACGGCCGAGACCCCACGGCGGCCGUCAUCCCAGAAUACCCCUGGGCAACCGCCAUGCCGGACCCUGACGCCGGCGCCGGCAGCUGGAACGGACCCCCCUGGCAGCGGCCGCCCCAGCCCCGGGAGGAGGUGGAGCAGGAGGAUUACAGCCCGGAGCCGACGGACUACGACGACUGGAUGAUCUCCGUGACUCGCCCGCCGCACAGCAGAGGCGGAGGUCAGGGUCAGGGUCAGGGCGUGGUGGUGCAGUCCCAGGGUUACUAUGACAACACGGACAACGUGGGCCAGUAUGGAUCCUUCGAGAGCCUGGAGCCGGUCGACACGGAAUCGCCCUCUUCUUCGUCUGUGGAGAUGCUGAACCCCGGCUUUCUCCCAGGUCGGGAAAACCCCAUCGUCCCAGAGAUGCAUGCUCCUGCCCCCUCCCCUUCACCCACACCAGACUGGUUUGAUGAUGAAGAGUCGGAGGAGGAGGAGGAGGAGUACGACCAAACCAAAGCCACCACUAUCGCUCCCACGACAACUUACAUGGAGGGCGCAGGAAACUUCUGGUUUGCCGUCGCCACUGAUAAGCCUCUUUUCCCCCCGCCAGACUCACCCCACAGACCCGAUGUCGAAACGGGAACCUCGACCACCACCGAUUCCCCUGAUUUCCUCUCCCCGGACUCCAGCUCUCUUUCCCCUUCGCCUCCCAUGGAAGAGGAUGAGGAGGAUGGGGUCCAGGGGAAAGGGAAAGGGGAAGGAGAGCAGAAGGGCGAGGACGGGGAGGAGGAGGAGGAAGGGGGCAACGGGUGGCUGGUGGGCCUCCUGGUGGGCCUUCUGUGUAUCGUCCUGCUGGCCGCCGUGGUCCUGGGCGGCAUCUACUACGCCCGCAACUCCAACUCCGCAGCGGUGGGGGCGGGGGCCAAGCCGCAGGGCAAGAGCAACUCGUCCGACUGCUACCACUGGAUCUCCGGUGCCGCCGACAAAGCCGGGGCCGAGCACGCUGGUGCUGGUGCCGGUGCCGGUGCCGGGACCCAAACCAAGUCACACGUGUAAGGAAAAAAAGCAUUAACAUCAACACACACACACACACACAAAUGAAAAGAACUAAAAAAAUAGUUAUGUUACCAAAGUUGUGGUGGAUGGCCUCAACACAAACACACACAUACACAUACUAAAACAAACUGUUUCGGAACAUUAACAAUUCGUCAAGUCACCGCACUUGGUGGUGGAUGCCGUCACACGUGUGUAAGGAAAAAAAAACCCACACACAACAAACAACAGGAAACUGUUAAAAGGCGUAAAA